GGGCUGGCGUCCUCACGUUGCAUCUGGCGGAUGACUGUAGACGCCUUAGUACUGUAGCCGGUAAGGGGUGUACAUGUAGUAGAGGCAAACGUUGCAGGGUGACACUGGGGAGGAGAGGAUGUCGAGCGAGUUAUCUCCGGCUCGAACCCGUACUCCUCAAGCAAAACCACUGGAGGAGCACCAAGAGUUAUCUCCGGCUCGAACCCGAGCCAGGUCCUGACUCCUGAUCCGCACCGCACACGGCAAGGGGGCAUCGCCGACGGGCCGUCAGCGGCGAGACCCAAGCCAACACAGCCCAGCGAUGUCGGCGCGUGACCGCGAGACGGCCGAGGCGCUGGUGCGCCUCGCCGCCUCGCUGGACGGGGCGGUGCUCGGCCUCGGCACGGCUGCCGUCGCCGUCGCGUCGUGGGUCAAGUACCUCGCCGUCUCGGGGCAGCUACGCCUCGUCGCCUCCGCGGCGACGGCCUCCAUCGCCGACGCCCGCUCCCUCCUCUCAGGCGACGGCGCCGAGCCGCGGAUCGCCGCGGUGCGGGGCUACGUGCGGGCCCAUGACAAGUUCUUCCGGGCCCCGUUCUCAGGCGAGGCGGGCGUCGUCACGAAGCACACCCAGAUGUGUUUGUUCACAGAAUGGAGAGGCAUCUUUGGAUGGACCUUUGAUCUGCAUGCUCUUCUUUUCAGAUCAUGGAAAGAGCAAAUUGUGACGUCUUUUAGAUCGGUUCCAUUUGUUCUGGUUAGUACUGAAUUAGGAAAUCCUACGGGAGUGGUACAUAUAAAUGUGGAUAAGGCGGAUCAACCGUUGCCUCUUACCACAGUGUUUCAUAAACUUAUCCCACUUGAGACGACUCCUUACACAUUGUUUCAAACUAUUAUUGGCAACGGCUAUCCGAUUGCGUUGUUGGAUGAAGAAAAAAUACUACCGAUUGGUAAGAAAAUUACAGCAAUAGGACUAUGUCAAGCAAAGGAUGCAGAAAGUGUUGAGAUAACAUCGUGCCCAGAGAUCCCCUUUUUCUUAUCUGAACUAACCAAGGAUGAGAUGCAAGCUCAGCUGGCUUCACGUGCUAGGAUACUCUUCUGGGGUAGUAUUGUUUUGGGAACCUUGUCGGUUUGCCUAGUGGGCCAUGCCAUUUACAGGGGCUGGACGAGAAUCAAACUACGAAGAGAGGCUAGGCAUGCACGACAGAUGUUUGAGGAGGCUGAAGAUGCUAUUCACAGGGAUGACUCUAGUGAUGAUGAUGAAAUAGGAGACGGGCAACUAUGUGUUGUGUGCUUAAGGAAGAGAAGGAGGGCAGCUUUUAUUCCAUGUGGGCAUCUUGUCUGCUGUUCCGAAUGCGCAUUAACAAUAGAGCGUACACCUCAUCCAUUGUGCCCUAUGUGUCGUCAAGACAUCAGAUACAUGAUGAGGGUUUAUGACUCUUGAGUACUACUACUAUGAAGAACCCCCUGAGUUGCUGCGUGUUUAAUUUGUUCACAGAUGAGACAUCUAUCUGUCCAUUUUGUCUGAAUUUUACCAUAAUCUAAGUAGCAUAUGAAAUAGAGUUCAGGAUGAAUUCGUUUGAUUUUAUUUGCAGGUAUGCUGCUGAUAAGAUCUACACGCUUCCUUGCUGACCCAUGCAAACCUGAGGAGCACAACUGUUCGUCCUGCUGGGCGUUUUCCUAGUCAAGGUGGCCUACCCUGGAUUUGUGAAUAUAAUGUCUUGACCCUCCAAAUUAUGCUCUUGAUUGCCUGGGACAAAUAGCUUAGCUGAAGUCAUGAACUAACGUAGAGUUAUUUUUUGUUUGCUUUGCGCAUAUGUCUAUCCAUCAUGUAAAGCACAGGGUUUACUGCAAAUAGGUUAAAGAUUUGGACAUUUUCUGCCAUCUGAUCGUCACCUCUAGUGCUGUGGAAGAGGUUGCAAAAAAAAAAAUGCUGCUCGUCGUGAUGAACGCAAUGCUGUUCCUGCUCUACGGUAACCUGGCACCAGAUAACAGCGGUGUCGGAGCCUUAUGCUUGCCAGCGGAUAACAUCGCCGAAGCGUGAAGUCUUGUUCUGAUGCUGGCUGCGUGGUGUUUGGUUUGCUAGAACAGUGGUGUCCACUCUACGCCGAAUCAUUGAGAAACUCUAGUGUUAGCAAACUGUAAUUUUAGAACAGGCGUAGAGUGGAGUUUUUAAAACUCUAAACUGGCUGCCUGGUGAAUGCUGUUCUAGCAAUACUAUGGUUUUAAAAAAUUUAUUGCAUGUAUAAUGCUC